CAACUCACCAAUCCACCUGCAAGAAUGACCGACACUGCGCAUAUCAACGACGUUCCCAUGCAGGGUAAGGGCCUGUACAGCUCUCAUGCUGCUUUGCAGCACGAGGCUAUGCUGAAAGCUCUGCCACUCUUGACGCAGGCGACCAACACGGUGGUGACCAACGUCAACCGUAAUAGUCGGCCUAUAACGGUUGUCGAAUAUGGCUCUGCACACGGAAAUAACUCUAUCCAACCUAUGGUCACCAUUUUGGGGUCCACUCCGCCUGGAGACAUCCAGCUGAUCUUCAGUGAUCGCCCAGAGAACGACUUCAACACGCUCUCAACAACUGUCACGACGUGGGCUGAAGGCUUAGACAAGGCCAAGUUCUCGCACUCCAUCUUCCCUGCCAUGAUCCCCCGCAGCUUCUACCACCAAGUCGUCCCCUCUCGGUCCGCCAAUCUAGGCUUCUCUCUAGCGGCCCUACACCAUCUCGACCACGUGCCCAAGGGUGAAGACGGGGUGGAUCAUCAAGCCCUGCUGAAGAGACAAGCUCAUUUGGAUCUCCUGCGGUUUCUUAAGUUGCGCGCCGAUGAGAUCGUACCUGGCGGCUCUCUUGUCCUUUCCUUCGUAUCUCAGUCGUCUUCUGGCAGGGAGAACUACGCCGGACUCGUUGAUGCUUGCCGCAGUGCUAUGAUCGACAUGGUCAAAGAUGGGACUCUACUUGGUGCAGUAGCCGGAUCCUUCUACGUCCCUACAUACAACAGGACGUUGCAAGAUGUCCAAAAGGUUAUUGAAGAGAUGAUCCCAACAUGGAUCGCUCACGAGGUCUUUGAGCAGGAAUGUCUCCAUCCUGCAAAGAAGGACCUGGAACUACAGAAGAGCUCUGAUGGCCAAAACAGUAACGACGCUAGUCAUCGUUACGCUGAUAUUGUUGUUGAUUGGCUCAUGGCUGUGUGUGCCGGAUACUUCCUCAAGGCUGUCAAGGUGGGAUCCGACAACACGUUUACCCACGAGGACGCCGAGAAAUUCUUAGUGGAUUGGGUCAAGAGAACUAAGGAGUUCUUUUUUAAGGAUCAUCGAGAUGAGGAUGUUGUUUGUUCGUUCAUCUUUGUGAGAUUAGAGCGUGUGUAGGGUGGGCAGCCACCAUAUAUGUAUCGUCCUUAACCUUAUAAAUACGAUUCGCCACAGACCUAAAAAGUU